AUGGACUACGUGAAAACAGCAAUAUGGGGACCAGAUGUGAAGGAACAACAGAGGAAUAUUAAGUCACUUUUGAGGAAGAACUCGAGGCAAAUAGAUAAGUCGCUUCGAGAGUUGAGUGCUCUCCAGAACAAAACGCAAUCGUUGAUCAAGAAGUCCGCUAAAAAGAACGAUGUCAGGAAUGUACGUUUAUAUGCCAAAGAACUUUAUCAUAUAAAUAAGCAAUAUUCCAGAAUGUAUACCUCUAAAGCGCAGUUGGAAUCUGUAAGUAUGAAAAUUGAUGAGGCAUUUCGGAUGAGAACGUUAUCUAAUCAGAUGGCAAGCAGUACGGGUUUGAUGAUGGAAGUUAAUUCCCUAGUGAGAUUACCACAACUUCAAGGUACUAUGAUCGAGCUAGAGAAAGAGUUGAUGAAAUCAGGGAUAAUAAGCGAAAUGAUUGAUGAAACGAUGGAGUCUAUCGGAGACACAGAUGAACUCAAUGAUGAAGUUGAUGAAGAAGUUAAUAAGAUUGUUGAACAAUACACUUCUGAGAAACUCGCCAAGGUGGAGAAUGUGCCAACUACUGAAUUGCCUAAAAGUGAGCAAGAAGAGCAAGAAGUGCCCGAAGAAGAGAUUGAGGAUGAAGCUGAUAAAAUGCUAAAUGAUAUGAGGGAUCGUCUGAGGGCGCUUCAGAAUUAG